UUCAAAUUUAAUGGGGGGGGACUGGAAAAGAGCCGGCAUUUUUGUCUUUCCGUCACUGUAUAUUUUCUGGCGAAUGUUACAAGGUCUUGUGUAGUAACUUCGGUUAUCAUGAUAAUUUUUUAAAUUAAAAAUGAAGGUGCACUAAAAGUGGGCAAAACCGCCUGCUUAAUUUUUUAAAUUUUUUAUGUAAUUGAUUUAUUUCCAGGUUUUUGGAGUCUAAUGAUCGGCACAAGCAAUGGCCCCAAAAAUUACCAAAGCUGAUCUUGAUAAAAAGCCAUUGAACUUCAAAUUGCUAGUUAUUGGUGAUAGUGGAGUCGGGAAAAGUAAUAUCAUUAACGUCUAUGUCGGCGAGCCAUUUCAGAGAACAUUCAUCACCACAAUUGGCGUGGAUUUCAAGACAAAAUUGGUAAAACGUGACCGACAGUCUGAGGUAAACACUGCUGUUGUUGAUUCUCAGCAGAUCCAGGAUAUCAAAUUGAACAUCUGGGACACAGCUGGACAAGAAAGGUUCAGAACUAUCACAACAACAUACUACCGAGGCACACAGGGAAUCUUAGUGGUGUUCGAUUUGAGCAACAAGCAGUCGUUCAUGUCAAUCAAACGUUGGCUGCAUGAGAUGGAGCAGAACUGCACUGGGUCAGCCGAUGUUCCACCGGCGAUCAUAUUAGGGAACAAGUGUGAUAUUCCCAAAGACAAAUGGGAGGUGACAGAGGAAGACCUGGCUGAUCUGAGACGCAGCAACCUUUACUACCUGACUUCAGCGGCCACAGGGGAAAACCUUGACAACGCAUUCUCCCAUUUGACAGAUCUAAUCCUCAAGCGAAGGGCUGUGGAUAAUCAGAAAAAGAACGACCUGCCUUUCACCACGCUGGACAUCAAAGGCGGUGGCGGGGCUUCAGGUAGUGGCAGGUCGAAGAAGGAGAAUAAAAAAAAUACGCUCACAAACUCCUCCAAGUGUGCUCUCAUAUGAGGGUUCGAAGAUAUCAGAAUAGUAACUGUUAAUCUUACUUUCAUACCGGAAUUAGUUAAAAAUCAGUUGUCUAGCUCAUUGUUAAUAACUUCAUAGCAGAAAAUGGCUUGAAACAGAAAAUGAUUGAAACACAGGCAGUGAUAAUAAAAGCAGGACAGAUUUCUGAUUUUGUUACCUUAAGACUAAUUAAAUUUUAGAAGAUUAUUCAACCAAAAAUGAAUGUCUUAAAAUAGUACCAAAGUUGGGACGCUCAACACGGUGAGAGAAAAGCGUCAAGCUUCCACCUAAAUCCGCCCCUGAAUACAAUUAUACAUUUUUUUCAACCAAAGACGUUUCGAUGCUCAGAUUUUUGUGAUCAAUUGAUUUUGAAAGGCGUUCAUGGCCCGCUUGUAUUUGGUAGUCAAGCAUGAUUGAAAGCAAUUUGUAUGCGUGGAAGUAUAAGGUUGUUGGAUAUUCACGUGUGUGCUCAAAAGUUAAUUGCAAUUAUUUUUUCACUUUUAUUCUUUACCAUCAAUUAAUUUUAGUUGCUACUGAGAGUAAAUUAAAUGCAUUUAUUUAAAAUCAAAAAUUUGGUCAGUGUGUAAAAUUUUGAAUUAACACAAGGAUUUUUUA